GUUCUCCUUUGCAUCCGUGUCGCGCGUUGGACGCUGCUGUGCGCGCCCCCGACUGUAUCGACGGCUGAUUACAUAUCGACGACAUCGACAAGCACUAUCCUUACUAUCCUCCCCCUCUCCCCCAUGUCUGGCGGUCUCAAGAAUUCGCCCUUUGGCAAGCGGCUCCGCGGCGCCAUCGCCCAGGAUGAGCAGACAACACCGACGACGAAGAAGCGAUUCCAUCCCGUUGUCCCCCCAGCGAACCCCUUGCCGGUAGUGGAACUGGCCAGCGCAAGCACUCCAUCCCUCGACCCCAGCUCGCGCCCGAGCACAAGUAGCGGCAGCAGCAUCGCCCCCGAGUCGCCUGCGCCCGACCUAUCGCCUUCAAAGAGGGACUAUGGCGACCGCUUCAUCCCUAGCCGCGAGGAGGACGACCUGAUGACAUCCUAUCACCUCAAAGACGGCGGUCCUUCCACCCCAUCCAAGAAGAGCCGCAUUAUACCCAGCGAGAGCGAUGCGCUCAAAGAGCAAGCAAACACACUAUUCACGAGCGUGCUGCAUACCGAAGUCGCCCCCGAGCCGCCCUCGCGACCAUCUUCCCCCGUCCGCUCUGCUGCGCCGCCGACUGCCCCCACCACGCCAACGCGACGACGGAUAUUUGCCUACAGCUCGCCGACGAAGCACUCCCCCCAGCGAUCGCCCGAGCGUGGGCGGACGCUGGAUGAUCCGACGUCGAGUGCCUAUUCCUUAUCGCCCGUGAGAGCACAGUCGAAAAAGACCCUCGAGUCGCCGCGGCGGCAACUUCGCAACGUCUGCAAGACCCCCUACAGGGUAUUGGAUGCACCGGAGCUGGCCGAGGACUUCUACCUCAAUCUCGUCGACUGGAGCAGCACAAAUGUGCUUGGCGUCGGUCUGGGUGCAUGCGUCUACUUGUGGACAGCGCAUAACGCCCAAGUAUCCAAGCUAUGCGACCUCUCCAGCGUGAACGAUCAGAUUAGUUCAGUUUCAUGGGUGCAGAAGGGCUCCCUGCUCGCUGUGGGCACGUUUUCUGGCCGCUUGUACAUCUACGACGCUUCCACCCUGCAACUAUCUCGCCAAUAUACGCAAGCUCACAGCCAGCGCAUCGGCUCGCUCGCCUGGAACUCCCACCUCCUCUCCUCAGGCUCCCGCGAUCGCAUGAUACACCAUCGAGACGUGCGCGAGCCAGGGAUCGACCCUGUGCGCCGCUCGAACGGCCAUCGGCAGGAGGUCUGCGGGCUAAAGUGGAGCAACGGCGUGGACGGCGGGCAUGCGAGCGGCGUCGGCUCGGGGCCGGCGGGCUUGCUGGCGAGCGGAGGGAACGACAACAAGGUGUGCAUCUGGGACCUGAGAGGAUCCCGGCGCCCGCCGACGACUACGCCCAGCAACAUGGUGAGCGUGGGGCUGGGAAGCAGGGACUCGCGCGCGAGUGCAUCCGGGAGCGCGUCGGGGUCGGGCGAUGAGGCUAACGGAGACUCGAACUACUUGUUCAAGUUCCAUGCGCAUACAGCCGCCGUCAAGGCACUUGCGUGGGACCCGCACGUCUCUGGUAUCCUCGCCACGGGAGGCGGCACACAGGACAAGCAUAUACGCUGGUGGAACUGCCAGAACGCCGCACUGCUUGGCGAAUUGGAUACGGGCAGUCAGGUUUGCAAUCUCAUCUGGUCCUUGACCUCGCACGAGCUGGUCUCGACACACGGCUACUCGUCCUCGCACGCACAGAACCAGAUAUGCAUCUGGAAGUAUCCGAGCCUGGAGAUGGUUGCGAGUUUGACUGGCCACAUGAACCGCGUGCUCUAUCUGGCGAUGUCGCCCGAUGGCGAAACUAUCGUGACCGGCGCGGGCGACGAGACUCUGCGCUUCUGGAAUGCUUUCCCGAAACGAAGCGAAAGCGAGCGCGAAGGGCUUGGCUUGGACCGGAGUCGCUUGGACUAUGGCCGGCUUCUGCGCUAAGGUCGUACUAGCUGUUGUUGUCCAUUGAGUCAGCACCGUGAUCCUUCGCUCUAGUGUCCAGCCUGAGGGGCUUUCCCCGCCAUACAUACCUUUGUACUUUAUCUCUUCAGCAUGUUACACAACACAUUCCUCCUUUGGCACCCUACUAGCAUACCUGUUUGUGCAUACAGCUACAUACCUAUCUAUAUAGUCCUCUUCUUGCAUGUUUGCAUUGGCUCAACCAUUCAUUUGGCACAUAAAUGGGCAAGCUGAGUUGUGGUGA